UUUAACAUUGCCGAAUGUCGUCAAGAUGCGUUCACGAGUGGUAAAAGUCUUGUUGGGUGGCCGCUUGCCGUACGGGGUCGGUCUACAAUUGCAGAAGGCUUUGUCAGAACACCAUCAUAAGCGUUUGAGCGAAACGGCAAACACGCUGGUACUUUUGGAGCAUGAGCCAGUGUACACGGUAGGGAUACGGAACAAGGGAUACACAGAGGAAGAUGAGAGAAAGCUGAGGAACCUCGGUGCAGAAUUCUGGAAGACAAAUCGCGGCGGGCUGAUCACUUUUCACGGACCCGGUCAGCUGGUGGCAUAUCCGGUGCUCGACCUGAAGCAGUUCCACACCAGCGUCAGAUGGUACGUGCACGAGGUGGAACGUAUGGUGAUCCGCGUGUGCGCCGAGCUCGGCAUCAAGGCCGAGACCUCGCCGGACACCGGGGUCUGGGUCGGCGAUCGCAAGAUCUGUGCCAUAGGCGUCCACGGCAGCCGCUACGUCACCACCCAUGGCCUCGCGCUUAACUGCAAUACCGAUCUCAAGUGGUUCGAUCAUAUUGUGCCGUGCGGGAUCGAGGGUAAAGGCGUGACCAGCAUUUCGAAGGAGCUAGACAUGGACGUUACAGUCGCCGACGUGCUGCCAAUCUUCAGGAAUGCUUUCAGCGAUCAGUUUGAGUGCGAGCUGAUCGACUACCCGCUCGGCGAGGCCUCACAAUUGCUACGGAAUGCACGUCGUAGUAUGUUACAAGUAUGAUAGUUAUAAAGAACAAAGACUUGUGAAUUUCAAGUGAAACUUUUGGACAUGGUUCGUUUUUAACUCCAUUAGAUUGAAGUGACAAUGUUGAAGAUAGUCUUGCGAAUCUCUUAGAACUUUGAAUUAUAAGAUUUGAUAAAUUUCGGUGUUUUGGACUAUCUUUUGUAGCAAUAAAUAGAAUUUAUUGCAAUUUUAAUGCGAUAAUGUUAAAGAAUUCUAGUAUUAUGGAUUUUUGAAACUUAAGAUAUCAUUAUUCUAAAAUUUUGGCAAGAUAUUGUAAUUAUUUUUAAAUUAUUACGACGAAAAUUGUUUAGAAAUCUUGUAAUAU